AAACCUCGAACCACCUCUUAUUUAGAAGCCAAAAGAAAAGAGAGGCGCCACUAGUUCAGCCCUUUGGAGUAUGACGUUUCGAUCAACGACUCCAAACCAACGAGGAUUUCAGUCUGAUCCGGACGUUCUAGUAGAGUGUGUGUUCUAUGAGUUUUAAUACUAGACUGUACUUUAUUCUGAUGCAAAUCAACACACUCAGUUUACCUUCAAUCAAUUUAUCUAAUUGUCAUGUAUUUAAAAAUGGAUUAGAUUUUUAUAUAGACUAAUAAAGUUACUUAGUGUUUUUCAGAAGUUAUCCAUUACUUAUGGAAUAUGUCAGUCUUGAAUAUUAUACAGAAUUAGCUGAUGUGUAGUGUAAAGCUUCCAGCAGCCGAUCGAUAAUGUACAUUUUCAUUUUGUCUACGAAUAUUUUUAGUCUUCAGAUAUUAUGUUAACUUUUUUGAGUUAAUUGUAAUUACAUAUUUUUAAUUACUAUUUGUUGUUUACUUUUUUAAGAGUGCCAUUAUCAAUUUUCGAAAUAUUACAAACUGGAGUGUAAUGAGGGGUAUCGGAUGAAAAUACAACUACUCAGGUACAAGAUCCGACUUACGGAAUUAUGCCGCCACUGUUUAAAAACUUAAGAAACCCAUUACUACUUCUGAUAAUCAUAGCAAGUAGUCGGGCAUACAAUUCAAAACAAACAGAAUGCGCAUUUUCACCACAAUGGGAAGGUACAUGGUUUCAAAGUGGUGUCAGACAGCCAAUCCUAAUAUCAAAAAAUAUUUUAUCUAGUAAAGGUAGAUGUCUUCGUAACGAAGGAGACAAGUUUCUUGUUGUUGAUGAAAAAUCGUGCUAUCGGUGUGUUGUCAUUCACGAAAAACAUACGAACGUCUUGCAGUACAAAGAAACGUUCUGCCACACCAGAAAUUCUCUGGCGUCACUUUGUUCAUACAUAACCGGUGACGCACUGCUUUAUUCAAUGUUUCGGGAGGAGUCGAUAGCUGUAUCUUGUCCUUUUCGUGGUCCUAUGACAUUCACUUACAACCGAGGGCAUGGAACAUGUUCAAGUCCAAUCAGUAACGUUGACACCUGCACUGAUGAUAGUAGACUUCUCUUUAGAUAUCAAGCAUGUCCAGACGUACCUGCAUCCGAAAGUGCAAUAGAAGAGCUUGAAUGCAUAGCAUUAUGGAAAGAAGGAAGUAGUCGAUACUUGGUAGGUCGACUACACCACGGCCAUGCUUCAAGUAACGAAGAGCGUUAUAGAUGUUUUGUCUAUGAACGAGUUAGUCCCAGUAUUAGUGGUCUAGGCAGAGCAAUUUUAGGAAUGGAUACUAUUGAUCAAGAGAUUACCUUCCCAGCGAUUGGACCUAUACUUGAAAAUGCUCCAGAUGUAUACCGAGUUGCUCAAAGUGGUGAUGCUACUUGUAAUGGUCUGUUUAGUCCUAUGGAAGGGUCACGGACAAUGACGUUAACAAAAGCUUCAACUCCAGGAAGGUGUCCCUUUCCAGAAUGGCUUACUGGCUUUUCUAAUAGUGGUCUCACAUGGCAUACGUUAGACAUGAGCAGAUCGUACACUUUUCAUUCUCGAAAUGCGACUCUGCAUAUAUCCAGGAUUAAUUCCAGCAAUUCUUCGUUUGAUGCUAGUUCCUUCGGUUCUCCAGAUAUUGUCGAUAAUGAAGAAGAACAAGAUAUCAAAAUUGUUUGCAAUAGCAUAAGACAAUCAAAUCCCUCACAGACAAUAACAAUGCUUGUAGCUCAUUUCACAGUUGGCUGCCAAAGUGGUUUUAUAUGCAUGACGUUUUACAAGAGGGAUAGUCACAUCAUGGAAGUGCAAACUGGAAAUAGCGCUCUAACACGAGAGGAAGCAUGUGGCCAUUCUAACUAUCAAUCUCAUAAUAUUCCUUACCUUACAUUAGUUGCCAGUUCUUCAAUACCACAACAGUGUCCUUAUCUUGGAAAAUUCACAGUAACCGGUAUCAAUCGUAACCAAAGAAACACACGUGAAAAUUCAAAAUCUUUCCAAAAGUCUUUAAUUAUUCAAAUACAACCAACUGAAAGAGUUAGACAUACUGAAGAUCGUAAAUAUGAAAAUUUUGAAAUUGAUACUAAAAGAAGAAGUAUUAAUAAUAAAUAUUCGAUCCGCGAACAUAUCGGACGAAAAGUCAGGUCUAACCAUUCAAACCGUUAUCAUAGUAACAUUAAAGGCACAAGAACUCGCAGAAAAUCCAUUGUAGAAGUAACUAAUAAAUCACCUUAUAGAAUAGCAAGAAGUCCAAAAAUAAAUAAUUGGCGAAUGGACUUGGAUAAAAUUCUUAAUCUUCAUAAAUCUUGGUCUUCAAAAUCAAAAUAUAAUGCAUUGCAAAAACUUCAAGCAUUAAAUGAAUAUUUUGAAGAUUUUGGAAAUGAAAGCAAACAACUGAGAAAGUUAUUUGAUUCAAAAGUAAUUCAGAAAAUUGCCCUUUCAAAUAAUAAUUUUUCACGAGUGAAACGAAACUUUGAAAUAAGAGUCAAUGAUAAAAGCAAUAAUAAUUUUGGAAAAAGAGAAAAACGAGAAAACGAUAAGCUUCCAUGUAAUUCUGAAAUCACUACAUUGACUAUUGGUUGUUCGACUGCUGAUCGAAUGGAAUUUCAGAGCGAAUGUAUAGAUGAUACUGCAUCUAUAACAGCUUAUUCAUGCCACGGUAGGUGGUUUGACAAUGAAGGAACACAGUUCGUAAUAGCAACACCUUUAAUUCCAAAAACUGAUCGGAUUAACGAUAAAACUGAAUCUCAGACUUUCGGAAGCAGUCCAAGAUUAUGCUUUAUGUACCGUGAGAAUGGCGGUGUUGUAAGUCUAACUGCAAGUCCAGUAGCGUGUCAAAGAGGUGUCUCUUCAUCUUCUCCAGUAUUGGCUUUCAACGUGACAAGCAUUGGUCGCUGCACGGAUGAUAACAGUAGCAUAAAUCUGCGAGCAUCGAGCCUGAUUAUGAUCACGGCUGUAGUCAUAUUGUACCUUGACAGUCUCAGGUGAUUUUGAUCGUCAUUUGAUUUCAUAAUCCAACUUAUAAAAUUCCGUGAUAAAUACUGCACAAAAUGUAAAAAGUGUUAAAUCAUUCUUUUGCUAACUCUAUGAAAAGUAAUUUUUAAGUAAUUGAGAAAAUAUACGCACCAACGUUUUUUAAUGUAAAAUAAUAAAAUAACUGCAUUUGCUGAACAAAAGUUCAUCGAAUUAUAGCGCGUAAUUAUAAUCUGUAUAAAAUUUCAUAGAUUUUUUACCCGUACUAUAAAUAUAUGGCAUUUUAAAUGAUUGUAGAGAAAAAAUCACCUACAGUUAAUUCAUAUCAAAUGAUAUAGCAAUAGAUACAAUUUUUUCAUAGAAUGAAACUGGAAUUUUAGGAUAAUAAUAUCGCUUGUACGACAGUUCAAGUUUCAAUAAUAAUUAUCAUGUAGAUAUUGAUUAUAACUUACAACUUAAAAGAAAAAAUGAACUUUUUCCGACAAUGAUGUGUAUAGAAUAUACAUGUAAGUAGAUUUUAAGAAUGUGAUCCAACGCAAUACAAUUCAUACUGUAAAAUGAAAUUUUAAUAUUUAUACUAAUAAAGUUGAUUAAGAAACAUGAAAGGAUAUUAACUUCAAAACAUGUAACGAGUAACAACAACAACAAAAACAACUUAUGAUUUUAGAGUUAAUAAUAAUAAUAAUAAUAAUAAUAAUAAUAAUAUUUUUUAGAUGGAAUGAGAAUAAUUAUUGAAUCAAUUCUAAGAAAAAUACGAAAUUGUUAUUACAAAGUAAAUGUGUAUAAUGUAAAUUGCUGUAACUGUGAUCAAUUGUCAUGUGUAAUAAAAUGAAGAAAAAGAGGUCAAACAUCAAA